AUGAGUCGACCUGCGUUCGAGCAGUUCACGGCUCAGCCACCACAAGCGGCCGGCGAGUUCGUGGCUCAGCAGCAGACCAUCCAGAGCGAUGCUAUGACAAGCCAAGAAUUGACUAUAGCCAAACUGGAGAACUCAAUGGCCACGAUGGAAGAGCAACAACUGACUGCGGAUCCCCGUUAUCAGAAGAUGCUGCAGUUGAAGUCCAAACUCACUGGUACUCCACCGCUCGAAACAGUCCAGCAGGCCUCGCCAUCAGUCAACCAACAACCGCCAGCAAUCACGCCAGCUCAGCUAAAUCAACUAAGAGCGCAAGUGAGCGUUUACAAGCUUUUGGCAAGGAACGAACCCGUACCUCCAGCACUUGCUGCUGAAGCAGUUUUCAUGAAGAAUAAACCAACAUCGCUUCUACCUGAGCCGUAUGAAUUUCCUGGAGAAGGUGACAACGGCGAAAAGCUGCCUUAUGAUCUGAUGAAGGUUUUGAAUAUUCAUCAGCAACGUUGUGCACGUCCAACAUCCUUGCCAACUCCAGUAGGUAUAGACCCAGCAUCACUUUUAAAAGAGCGUGAAUACAGAAUCCAAAAUCGUGUUGGACUUCGCAUUCGGGAAUUAAGUAACCUGCCAGCGGAUCUUCCACCGAAUUUGAGAAUCAAAGCCGAGAUAGAGCUCCGUGCUCUACGUUUAGUGAAUCUUCAAGCACAGGUCCGAAGUGAAAUAUUGGGAGCUCUUAGAAGAGAUACCACCCUCGAGACAGCAUUGAACCCAUACGCCUAUCGUCGUACGAAGAGGCAGUCGUUACGCGAAGCAAGAGUAACAGAAAAACUGGAGAAACAACAAAAAAUGGAGCAGGAAAGAAAGCGACGUCAGAAACAUACUGACCUCAUGCAAGCAAUUAUACAGCAUGGAAGAGAAUUCAAAGACUACCACAGAAACAACCUACUCAAGACUCAAAAGGUGAAGAAAGCAGUUCUAACAUAUCAUCAGAAUAAUGAGCGCGAAAGAAAGAAGGAUGAGAUCAAAAACGAACGACUCCGUAUGCAGAAACUUAUGCAGGAAGAUGAAGAAGGCUACCGCGCAUUGCUUGAUGAGAAAAAGGUACUUUCCAAGGUCUUUAUUUCUGGGGAAUGCAUUAUGACCAACGACUUGUAUAUCUUCUGUGUAGUCUUGUACGCCAACAUCAAAACAAGAAACUGUCGAAAAUGGAAGAUAUUACAAGGCGAUGAAGCCCCUAAACCCGACGAAUUGGAAGUGUGGCUUGAAACUCAUCCAGGAUUUGAGGUUGUACCACGAGACCAGCUGUCCGACGAUUCCGAUUCUGACGUUGAAGACAAUCCUGCCCCCACACCUGGAAAAAAAGAUGUUGACGAGUAUGCUGGCAUGGAUGAGGAAACGAAGGCUCGUCUUAUUCUUGAAAAGGCCCGGAACGAAGAAGAUGAAUAUGAUCAAAGAAACCGUAAACAAAUGGCCGAUUAUUAUGCAACUGCACACAGGAUUAAGGAGAAGAUUGUACAGCAACACUCAACAAUGGGAAGCGAGACUCUGCAGUUAAAACCUUACCAGCUUAAAGGUCUUGAAUGGAUGGUGUCGCUUUACAACAAUAAUUUGAAUGGAAUUCUGGCGGAUGAAAUGGGCUUGGGAAAGACUAUCCAAACAAUUUCUCUUAUUACAUAUUUGAUGGAAGUGAAACAGAAUAAUGGCCCAUAUCUUGUUAUUGUGCCGUUGUCGACGCUUUCUAAUUGGAAUAUGGAGUUUGAAAAAUGGGCAACUUCGGUGGUGAAGGUGGUAUAUAAGGGCAACAAAGAGGCUCGUCGACGUGUUGAAGGGAUAAUUCGAAAGGGAGCUUUCAAUGUUUUGCUAACUACGUACGAGUAUGUGAUACGUGAGAAAGCGUUGCUUGGGAAGAUCCGCUGGAAGUACAUGAUCAUCGAUGAGGGUCAUCGUUUAAAAAACCACAACUGUAAGCUCACUCUCAUGUUGAAUGGCUACUUUCAUGCCCAACAUAGGUUGCUUCUUACGGGAACUCCACUUCAGAAUAAGGUAUGUUCAUUCUUGACUAUUUUUCUUGCCACUUCUUCAUGUCCUACUUUUUUUAAGUUUCAGGUAGAAUUGAAUCAGGAAGAAACAAUGCUUAUUAUUCGACGCCUUCACAAAGUGUUACGACCUUUCUUGUUAAGAAGACUGAAAAAAGAAGUGGAAUCUCAACUUCCCGAUAAGACUGAAUAUGUCAUUAAAUGUGACAUGUCAGCUCUUCAGAAAGUGCUGUAUAAGCAUAUGCAAAAAGGAUUACUUAUCGAUAGUAAACAGCAAUCUGGCGGUCGCGCUCUUAUGAAUACGGUAGUUCACCUUCGAAAACUUUGCAAUCACCCAUUCCUUUUCCAAUCUGUUGAAGACUCCUGCAGAGCAUUCUGGAAGGUCGACGAAGAUUUAUACCGUGUGGCUGGCAAACUAGAAUUGCUUGAUCGUAUUUUACCGAAACUGAAAGCAUCUGGACAUCGCGUUCUUAUGUUCUGCCAAAUGACUACUAUGAUGACAAUAAUCGAAGAUUUCUUCAACUAUAGAAAGUGGAAAUACCUUCGUCUGGACGGCAGCACUAAACCGGAUGAACGUGGUCAACUGCUUGAGCUGUACAACGCUCCUGACAGCGAGUAUUUUCUAUUCAUGCUAUCCACUCGCGCUGGUGGUUUGGGAUUGAAUUUACAAACAGCCGAUACUGUCAUCAUAUUUGACUCAGAUUGGAACCCCCAUCAGGAUAUGCAAGCUCAAGAUCGAGCUCAUCGUAUUGGACAGAAGAGAGAAGUGAGGGUGCUUCGCCUUAUUACCGCCAAUUCUGUGGAGGAACGAAUUUUAGCAGCAGCCAAGUAUAAAUUAAAUGUUGACGAGAAGGUUAUCCAGGCCGGCAAAUUCGAUCAGCGGUCAACUGGUGCAGAGAGGAAACAAAUGUUGGAACAAAUCAUACGAGCUGAGUCGGAAGACGAUGAGGACGACGAGGUACCUGAUGACGAGACAAUCAACCAAAUGAUUGCCAGAUCUGAAGAAGAGUUUAAUCAGUUCCAGUCAAUGGAUAUUGAUCGGCGGCGAGAGGAAGCUGGCCAACUACAUAGAAGACCUCGCCUUCUCGAAGACAAUGAAAUACCACACGAUAUUAUUAAAGCAUCAGAUGAGUUUGCUGAAAUGGAAAGGGCCCAGAAAGAAGGAGUUUAUAAAGAAGAUCUUAGCGCCACCGGAAGGCGGCGUAGGAGAGAAGUACAAAAACGUGUCGACUAUUCUGCGGACCUCAUGUCUGAUGACCAAUGGCUGAAACAGAUUGAUGACGAGGAGGAAGAGCAGGAAACGAAGAAAAGGAAGCGAAAAAGAAAAGGUGAAGACGAUGAUGACGAUGAAGGAAAGAAAAGGAAACGAGCUAGUCCUGAAGUGGUCGAAAUAAUGAACAAGGUUUACGAUAUCAUGGUGGGAUUCAAGACGAAUGACGGUCGGGAAAUAGCCGUACCUUUUAUAGAGCUACCGACAAAGCGAGAGCUACCUGAUUACUACGAAGUUGUGCAAAAUCCUAUGGAUUUUGGUAUGUCGUUUAAAGUUGGUGAAUUUUGCUAUUCUAAUUUCACACUGUUUGGAAGUGACAUCUAUAAUGACUCAAUGCUGUUGGAAGCUGUUUGGAUGAAAAUAACCGGUGGAGAUCCAUUGGCUCUUCUAAAAGCAAAAUCUAGUGAAGGAAGUAGCGGAAGCAACAGUCAGAAGGCAGGUGCAGACGACGGUGACUCUCGAGAUCGCACCCCAUCUAAAAGGGAUAAUGAGGUAAGAUGA